CCCGCUUUUUCUCAUCCACCGCCCCGCGCUCUUCCUUUGCUGGGAGCGUGGCUACCGUAGUAAGGGACUAAGUGGAGUUCUCCCACAGGAGCUUUCUCCUUCACUUCAUUGAGCGGUCGUUCUCGUUUUGGUUCACCGUUGCGGGCGCGGGGUAGACAUUGGAGAUCGCGGAGAGGACGGGCAGCCAGCCACGUGGCGGAACUAGAGAGCAGGCGGCAAGCCAGAGCCAGUGGAGUCCUCUGGCGGCGCUGAAGGCGGCGCUGAACGAGCACUAGUCCGGCCGGCGGGAAGAGAAGGCGCCAACAGCCAAGGAUUAGCUUGCAACCAUGGGCUCUGAGGCUGUGAAUCCCAAGGCAUACCCCCUUGCUGAUGCAAGUUUGACGACGACGAUUUUGGAUAUUGUCCAGCAAGCAGCGAAUUACAAGCAGCUGAAGAAGGGUGCAAAUGAAGCCACGAAGACACUUAACAGAGGGAUGGCAGAGUUUAUCGUGAUGGCUGCAGACACUGAGCCGCUUGAGAUAUUGCUGCAUCUUCCACUGCUGGCGGAGGACAAAAAUGUUCCGUAUGUGUUUGUUCCUUCUAAGCAAGCACUCGGGCGUGCGUGUGGUGUGUCGAGGCCUGUGAUUUCCUGCUCGGUCACUUCGAAUGAAGGAAGUCAGCUCAAGGCGCAGAUCACGCAGUUGAAGGAUGCGAUUGAGAAGCUGCUGAUAUGAGAUGACAAGGCGUCAGUCGAGGAGGAGGAUAACGAUUGAGUGGGUUCGCGUGCGCUAAGAGGGAGAGUGAAAAACUGAGUGUAUUUCACCGAAAAGCUUUCUGGAGAUGAGAGAGAUGAAUUGAGAGCGGAGAGGCGGCAGUUGGGAAGAAGGAUAGUGAUCGAGUCGGGAGCUGUGAGGACCGCGUGUGGUAAGAGGAUAAUGAUCGAGUCGAUAACGAUUGAGUGGGGACCGCGUGCUAUGAGGGAUGUGAGGGAGAAUGGCAAUCUGCGUAUCUGAGUAUAUUCCAUUGAAAAGCUUUUUGGAGAUGGGAGAGGAGAAUUGAGAGUGUGGGGUGGGAAGGUAGUCUCAUGGUGAUGAUGGGGUUGAGGAUGGAGAGGAGGGGCAUUUAAUGUUUUGUCAUCCCUGUUUUAUGUGGGAUGCAGUUUUGACCGACUUUCUUCGGGAAACCAUCCUAGUCUCUGCGAAUGCGGUCAUUGAGCAAUUUUCUUCGAGGGCAUUGGUGGCGGUAGAGAUGGGAACGACUGACUGACUUUUUUCUUUUUUCAUCUUCCUGCUGGGUCUUUUCAGCUGCUGCGGGGAGUGUUGCAGGGACAGUCGUGAACUACGCGUAGUUGUAGGAAAAAGUAAGUACUAGGUUGUAGUCGUCGAGUUUAGUGAGCAUUUGGUGCGGUCGUCAGCUGCUUGCUAGUGGAGUGAAGGCAAAGUCUGUCCAUCAUGACACUCUGAUUCCAGUGGCCGGUCUAUUUGAUGUCAUUCGUCAGAGAGAUAUGCGCUGGAUGGGUGAUUGUCAAUCGUCAGCGAGAAAUGCGCAGAGAUCUGAGACCUCUAUGUGUCAACAUGUGAUGUACGAGGGAGCAAGAGAGAGAGAGAGAGAGAGAGAGAGAGAGAGAGAGAGAGAGAGAGAGAGAGAGAGAGAGAGAGAGAGAGAGAGAGAGUUGCAAUGAUCUGCACUGGUAAUGCAUGUUGUGUACGGGGUCGAAUUUGUUGAAUCACGAGGAGUAUUUUGCAGGGAUCUC